AUGAACUCCACCACCCUCACCGUGCAUUGGCACGACGAAAACCAGCCAAUUUAUUCGGUGGAUUUCCAAAAGAACGAAGCCAAUGGGCGAUUAGUGACUGCAGGCGGCGAUAACAAUGUCCGCAUCUGGCGUUUGCAUACCGAGGGCAACCAAGAUCCGGUCGCGCCAACGGUGGAGUAUUUGAGCACACUUUCAAAGCAUACUCAAGCAGUAAAUGUUGCGCGGUUCGAUCCUCAAGGUACGGUCUUGGCUACCGCCGGAGACGACGGAACCUUAAUUUUUUGGACCAAAUCUGAUACCAUAGUCAAGGAAUACGGCAAUGAAGACGACGAUAUACAGGAAUCGUGGACGGUGCGGCAUGUCUGCAGGACGUCCACAUCUGAGAUCUACGAUAUAGCAUGGAGUCCAGAUCUGCAAUAUGUUGCUGCGGGAUCCAUGGACAAUGUCACACGUAUCUAUAAGGCGGCAGAUGGUAGUCAGGUGGGUGCAAUUGCAGAACAUGGGCAUUAUGUUCAAGGUGUUGCGUGGGAUCCAUGCGGAGAUUAUUUGGCGACGCAGCUGGCGGACAGGACGGUGCAUAUACAUGCAUUGACACAUUUGCAACCAUUUACCCUGAAGGUGGUUCAAAAAAUCGGCCGUGCCGAUGUGCCCACACUGAGAUCGGUGCUGGCCUCGUUCCGGCUGGCUCAACUAUACUACUCGGAAACUUUGCAGUCGUUUUUUCGGCGAUUAGCAUUUUCUCCCGAUGGCAGUUUGCUUGUAACACCGCUGGGAAUCUACAGAGAAGAAGUAACCAAUGAAGCAAAUGCGAUAAGCUCAAAUUCGUCCAAUAACAAAAAUAAGGCUGAAACAGAUAAAAUUGCGGCUUUUCCAGAUCCAGCUGCAUACUCGAAUAACGAGGCUAAUGCAGCCGAAGAAUAUGCACAAACAACAAAAAAUGCACAAACAACCAAAGAAUAUGCACUAGCAGGCAAAGAUAAUGCACAAACAGGCAAAAUUUCACCCACAGCCAUGGAAACGAAAGCAUGUGAACAGAGCACAGCCAAAGCAAGUGCAGCCGAAACCCCGGAAAACGCCGGUUUCACCGAAGCCACUAAAGCGUCAGAAUCGGAAGUUGCCGAAUCAGACUCCACGGAAACGAAUACAGCUUACAUUUAUACACGAGCAGGACUCCAUCGACCUCCAGUAUGUCAUCUUCCAGGACUCAAAAAACCUGCCAUAGCCGUGCAAUUUAGUCCAAUUUUCUACCGACGCAGAACCAACAAUGCAGUAUUUUCCCUUCCUUAUCGAAUGGUAUUUGCAGUGGCUACUCAAGACUCGAUAGUGUUGUAUGAUACCGAACAAAUUGAGCCGUUGGGGUUGGUUUCGAAUUUGCAUUAUCUGACUAUCACAGAUUUGUGUUGGAGUGGAGACGGAAAAAGCUUGGUGGUUAGCUCUGCCGACGGGUUUUGUUCUCUUGUGACGUUUGAGGAUUUGGGAGAGGUUUACGAGAAAACUGAGAAAGAAAACUGA